UCACGAUCACUGCUAUCAGCAGCAUCAGCAGCGCCCCCCAAUCUCCUUCACUCUCACUAUCAGCGUGGCCGUUGGUUUGGAUGUAGCACCGCAAACAUGGCUCCCGUUCGCGACCCCAACACCCUGUCCAACUAUGAUGCUUGGAGGACUCGUCACACCACGGCCAACCUCAAGAUCGACUUCACAGCCAAGUGUCUACGCGGCUCCGUUAUCCUCGAGCUCGAGUCUCAGACGGAUAAGGCCAGCAAGGAGAUCGUUCUUGACUCCAGCUAUGUUACCGUGAACUCCGUCAAGCUCAACUCGGCCUCCUCGUUAUGGGAGACCAAGGCCCGCACCGAACCCAACGGCUCCCCCGUCCACAUCGCCGUCCCCGAGGGUGCCGCCAAGGGCGAGGUCGUCAAGAUUGAGAUUGAGCUUGCCACCACGGACAAGUGCACUGCCCUGCAGUGGCUCACUCCGGCUCAGACCAGCAACAAGGCGGCCCCCUUCAUGUUCAGCCAGUGCCAGGCCAUCCACGCCCGCUCGCUCUUUCCCUGCCAGGACACUCCAGACGUCAAAAGCACCUACGACUUCAACAUCACCAGUCCCUACGUUGUUGUAGCCAGUGGUGUGCCCGUGCCUGAUGAGACCAAGGAUUUGGGCGAGGAGAAGCUGUACAAGUUCCAGCAAAAGGUGCCCAUCCCGUCCUAUCUGUUCGCCCUCUCGUCUGGAGAGAUUGCCAGCGCCCCUGUCGGCAAGCGCUCUUGUGUUUGCACCGGCCCCAACGAGCUGAAGGCGUCUCAAUGGGAGCUGGAGGGUGAUAUGGACAAGUUCCUGGAGGCUGCAGAGAAGAUUGUGUUUCCCUACAGGUGGGGCGAGUACAAUGUUCUCGUCCUGCCCCCUAGCUUCCCUUAUGGAGGCAUGGAGAACCCCAUCUUCACCUUUGCUACCCCUACCAUCAUCAGUGGCGACAAGCAAAACAUUGACGUUAUUGCCCACGAGCUCGCGCACAGCUGGAGUGGAAACCUAGUUACCAGUUGCAGCUGGGAGCACUUCUGGUUGAAUGAAGGAUGGACCAUGUAUCUCGAGCGCCGUAUUCUUGCCUCCAUUCACGGCGGCGAUGCCCACUUUGACUUUUCGGCCAUCAGGGGCUGGAAGGCGCUUGAGGAGGCCAUCAAGGAGUACGGAGAGGAUCACGAGUUUACAAAGCUCUGCAUCAGCCACAAGGGUAUCGACCCCGAUGAUGCCUUCAGCACGGUUCCCUACGAGAAGGGUUUCCACUUCGUCUGGAGUCUCGACCGUCUCGUUGGAAGAGAGAACUUUGACAAGUUCAUCCCAUACUAUUUUGGCAAGUGGUCCAACAAGUCGCUUGACUCGUACGAGUUCAAGGACACCUUCCUCGAGUUCUUCAGCGCCCCCGAGUACUCUGAUCUCAAGGACAAGAUUGCUUCGAUCGAUUGGGAGGGUCGCUUCCACAGCACCGGCCUUCCCCGCAAGCCCGAGUUUGACACCUCCCUUGCGGACGUGUGCUACGAGCUGGCUGAAAAGUGGAAGAGCAAAGACUUCACGCCUAGCCCGUCUGAUGUGUCGUCGUGGACUGGUAACCAGGUGUUGGUCUUCCUUAACGCCGUGCAGGACUUUGAGGAGCCGUUGACGGUUGAGCAAUCGCAAGCGCUUGGCAAGGCCUACGGCCUCUCUGAAUCCAAGAACGCCGAGCUUAAGGCCGCCUACUACCACAUUGCGAUGCGCUCCAAGGACGCCAGCGCCUACCAGGGCGUCGCUGACCUUUUGGGAGAGGUUGGUCGGAUGAAGUUCGUCCGCCCUCUCUUCCGUGGUCUCAACAAGGUCGAUCGGGAGCUUGCGCUCAAGACCUUUGAGAAGAACCGCGAGUUCUACCACCCUAUUUGCAGGCAGAUGGUUGAGAAGGACUUGGGCGUUUCUGAGGCUGCCAACUCGUCUUAGACGGUUAUCAUGGGAGGAAGUAAGUGACCACUGGGUAGCUCAGGGUAUGCCAACCUGAGCUGUUAGUGUUUAGGAUAAAUCCAAAUUGGUUUAUGAUUGAUGUGACA